UCAGCUAGCUUGACGCUAGUCCGCUAACUUGUGUGGUCAGCCAACCGAAGCAUGGGGUCCUUUGACUCUUCGUGUUUCACCCGCUAACGCUAGCUAAAUGAUGAAAAAUGCAGUAUCGAGUGUGAUGACAUGAUCGAUAUUUUGCUGUUUGAUUUUUUCAAAAACGGCACUACCAGCCUGUGCGUAAACGGCGAACUCUUCUCUGUAUCCCUCCCGUCCCCGAAACAGCGUCCUGUGAACACUGCUAGCUGUGAUGUGAUUAUGAAUAACUGCCGUCGAGGGAAGUUAUAAUUGCCAUUAUCAUAGCUGAAUGGCUACAAAAGCGCCUCGUCUGUCUUCAUUUGACGGCCGCAUGCUGUUAUUUUCGCUAGCCAUUUGAGCUCCGCGUCGGGGGGAACCGCUAUAUAUUUUUCUUGGCGGAAAUAACUGAAGACAGACCCCAUCCAACGGCACUGUACUUCACGACCGGAAAAUAAGAUGUCUUUCUUCAAUUUUCGGAAGAUAUUCAAGUUGGGGCCUGAUAAGAAGAAGAAGCAGUAUGAACAUGUACACAGAGACGUUAACCCGGAGGAGAUCUGGGACAUCAUUGGGGAACUGGGAGAUGGGGCGUUCGGGAAAGUGUUUAAGGCUCAGAACAAGCAGAAUGGGACCCUGGCUGCAGCCAAGGUUAUUGACACAAAGACAGAGGAUGAAUUGGAGGAUUACAUGGUAGAGAUUGACAUUCUGGCCUCCUGCAACCACCAUCAUAUCGUCAAACUGCUGGAUGCUUUCUAUUUUGAAGGCAAACUUUGGAUUCUGAUUGAGUUCUGUGCGGGUGGUGCAGUGGAUGCCAUCAUGCUGGAACUGGAGCGGCCCCUGACAGAGCCACAGAUCCGUGUGGUGUGUAGGCAAACCUUGGAGGCCCUGUGUUACCUCCAUGAAAACAAGGUCAUCCACAGAGACUUGAAAGCCGGAAACAUUCUCCUCUCCUUGGAUGGAGAAGUGAAACUGGCGGAUUUUGGGGUGUCUGCUAAAAAUACCAAGACGUUACAGAGAAGAGAUUCUUUCAUCGGCACUCCGUAUUGGAUGGCCCCAGAGGUGGUAAUGUGCGAAACUUCCAAGGACCGUCCGUACGACUACAAGGCCGACAUCUGGUCCCUCGGGGUAACCCUGAUAGAGCUGGCGCAGAUUGAGCCACCUAACCACGAGAUGAAUCCCAUGAGAGUGCUGCUGAAAAUAGCCAAGUCCGAGCCGCCCACACUCAUGCAUCCCUCUCGCUGGUCGCCAGAAUUCAACGACUUUCUGCGGAAGGCACUUGAUAAGAAUGUGGACAAUAGGUGGAGUCCACUACAGCUGCUACAGCAUCCUUUUGUCACCAGUGUAACUGAUAGCAGACCUCUCAGAGAGCUCAUCGCAGAGGCCAAAGCUGAAGUCACAGAGGAGAUUGAGGAUAGCAAAGAGGAGGAGGAGGAGGAAGAGCCUGAUACACCUGUGGCGGCUCCUGGCCACAAGCGUGCCCCUUCAGAUGCCAGCGUGGCCAGCUCAGAAGAUGACAAAGUCCCACCAACUCCCUCCACACUGGAAUCUGUUACAGAAAAGACAGAGGCCGAGCCUGCUGAGGACCGGACUAGUGAUAAGCUCUCUGAUGAAGGACUUGGAACAAGUGAGGUAGACAAGACGGAGGAGGAAAAACUCAAUGAGGUGUCUGAUGUCAGUAAUGAAGACCUGGCACCUGGGCUAAUAGAGCCCACCAAGGACUUGAUCUCACAAGAUCCAGAGCCUAAACCAGAAGAUGGUCAGGCUUUGGCAAUUCCUGCUGAGCCUGUAGUAUCACAGCCGGAAGAGCCUGUAGUAUCACAGCCGGAAGAGCCUGUAGUAUCACAGCCGGAAGAGCCUGUAGUAUCACAGCCGAAAGAGCCUGUAGAUACAGCGGAUACCCAAGAACUUGUCACAGAUGGUCAAGAAACAGAGGAGGAAAGGAAGGAGAUGCAAGAAGAGAAAAAGGAGGAUGAACCUACCCAAGUAAUAGAAGAAGCAAUAGAGGCAGAGGAGGUGAAAGAAGAAGAAGAAAAACAAGUAAGUACAGAAGAAUCCAAAGAGUCACAAGAACAACCUGAAGAUGCACCAGAAGAACCAGAAUCCAUACGAGGAGAAGUGGCACAAGUAGAAGAAGUAAACAAAGAACCAGAUGAGGAGAUGCCUCAGCGUGUUACAGAGGAGAGAAUAGAAGACACAGCUAAUGGCACAGUUGUAAACAUAGACACAGAGAAUAUAGAAUCAAAUGUAAUUGGCACAAAUAUAAAUGGAGUCACAGACGCAAAGUCAACUGUAGACGAGUCCCUCGCUGAGGUUUUGUUGGAGAAGGAAGCCAUAGAAAGUCAGCCAGAGGAGAAGCCUGAGGAUAAAGUCCCUGAGGAGGCAGAGCAGCCAGCGCAGCCAGAGCAGGACAGUUAUCCCCGCGAGGAUGAAGUGGAGAUACAGGCACCAACUGAAUCCACAAAUGGAGUCAGUGAUGAAGCCAAAGACACCUCUGAGGAUUUAGAAGAAGUGAUCCCAUGUAAAGAUGUCCCUGUGAAGGAAGAUGAGGAUAAAUCCACUUGUGCAGAUGAGAGCAUUUCCCAAGAUGCUGUCUCUGUCCCAGAGAGUGAAACAGACUCAGAAAGCAAGAUCGAACAUGGAAGCCCUGCUGUGAUCAAGCCAGAUGUGGAGAAGGACUCGGACUCUGGAAGCAGCUCUGCUGCUGAUAGCAAUAGCCUUGACCUCAAUCUGUCCAUCUCCAGCUUCCUGUCCAAGAGCAAAGAAGGGGGCUCUGUGUCUAUGCAGGAGUCAAAACGUCAAAAGAAGACUCUGAAGAAGACGCGUAAGUUCAUGGUGGACGGUGUGGAGGUCAGUGUGACAACGUCAAAGAUAGUGACAGAUAACGACACAAAGAGCGAGGAGAUGAGGUUCCUGAGGCGGCAGGAAUUGAGAGAGCUGCGCCUCCUCCAGAAAGAGGAGCAAAGGGCCCAGCAGCAGCUGAGCAACAAGCUGCAGCAGCAGAGAGAGCAGAUCUACCGGCGCUUUGAACAGGAAACUACUGCUAAGAAGCGUCAAUAUGACCAAGAAGUGGAGAAUCUUGAGAAGAAGCAGAAGCAGACCAUUGAGCGCCUGGAACAGGAUCACACCAGCCGGCUCCGAGACGAAGCCAAACGCAUCAAAGGGGAUCAAGACAAGGAGCUCUCCAAGUUCCAAAACAUGCUGAAGAACCGGAAGAAAGAGGCCAAACAGGAAGUUGGACAGUCACCCAAACAUAUGAGAAAAGAGCUCAUGAAACGCAUAAAGGAGGACCAUUCGCUCCUCAAGACUGCAGAGGCAGUGGCCCAGGUUAUGAUACAGUCUUUUCAGUUGUCCUCAUGCGCACUCUUCAACGCUCAGAUGCAGGAUGAGCAGGAGUUCCUACAGAAGCAGCAGCAAGAGCUGGAUGGAGCUCUAAAGAAAAUCAUUCAGCAGCAUAAACUGGAGAUCACCACUAUUGAGAAAGACUGCCUCAACCACAAGCAGCAACUGAUGAGAGCUCGAGAGGCAGCCAUGUGGGAGUUGGAGGAGCGCCACCUGCAGGAGAAGCACCAGCAGCUGAAGCAGCAGCUGAAAGACCAGUACUUCCUGCAGAGACACCAGCUGCUGAAGAGACAUGAGAAAGAAAUGGAGCAGAUGCACCGCUACAACCAGCGGUUGAUAGAGGAGAUGAAGAACAAACAGACUCAAGAGAGGGUUCGUCUGCCCAAGAUUCAGCGCAGCGAGGCCAAGACCCGCAUGGCCAUGUUCAAGAAGAGCAUCCGCAUCACCGCCACAGCAUCCGUCACCCCGGAGCAGGAGAGAGAGCGGAUAAAACAGUUUGCUUCUCAGGAAGAAAAGAGGCAGAAGAACGAGAGGCUCCAUCAACACCAGAAACACGAGAACCAGAUGAGAGAUCUGCAGCUGCAGUGUGACUCAAACAUCAGGGAGCUGCAGCAGCUACAGAAUGAGAAAUGCCACCUUCUGAUUGAACAUGAGACCCAGAAGCUGAAGGAGCUGGAUGAGGAACACAGCCAAGAGAUAAAGGAGUGGAGAGAGAAGCUGAGACCCAGGAAGAAGGCGUUAGAGGAGGAGUUCACACGGAAGCUCCAGGAGCAGGAGGUCUUCUUCAAGAUGAGCGGCGAAUCCGAAUGCCUUAACCCCACCACCCAGAGUCGAGUAUCCAAGUUCUACCCCAUCCCGAACCUGCACAACUCCGGUUUAUAGCCUCGUGUCUGUCUGUGCUACGAAACAGACUCCUGUCAAACUUAGCUGCGCUCAAAGACUCUUCUUGGUGGAGCGACAUCAUCCCUCCUUCAGUUACUGAUAAACACGACAAUGUCUUCACUGCUUUGAUUCCAUCAUUAGUGAGCAUGACGUGCCUACACACUGUUCCCUCACUCAAUCAAAUUUUCUCCGCUUGUUGGGAAACGUCCAGUGGAUAAUAUGCACUUUUUGAGCAUGUUCAAAUUUUAAAAGUCUGCAGUUGGUAGCUAAGGCCAAUCAUGCUUAUCACAUUAUUGUAAGCACAGCCUGCUAUGGUAUGAAUGAUCUCCAGUGCCUCAUAUGUUCCUUUUUGCCUGCAUUUAGGCCCCAGCUUGCAGUAAAUACAAAGCCCUCUGAAUGUCCUGCACUUAAAUAAAUAACUGGUUAUCUUUUUUUUUUUUCACCCAUAAUCACAAAAUGUUGAGAGAUUAUUUUAAUCAGUUUCACAUUAGCUGAUGAGGAACAUUGAAAUCUUAUUUUGCUGCUUGUAAGGUAGAGCUGGUUUAAUGGAGACGUGCUGAGGAGUCAGCGGACUCAAAAGAAUAAGUCUGUAGUUGUAAGACUUUGUUAUGUCUGUGUGGUCUUACGUGCGCAGUGUCUAAUGUCGUCACAGGAGUCAAAAACAGCGCCGUGUCGGGCUGCGAGUUCAAAUUAAAAGGAAUGUACUGUGUUGUAAAUGAUGAGUGAAAUGUUACCUGUGUGCACCUACAUAUGAAGUUUAAUCAGAUACUGUGCUUACCAUGAGGAGUUUACACUCUCCAGAUCAAAAAUAUAUCCGUUGCUUUAGCACAUAAUUUCAUUUCAGUGCUGUACAUUCCCCAUUUUAGUUGAACACAGAGGUGACCUGUUACUUCCUGGAGAAUGAUGAAGUCCUUUUUUUUAUGUCUAGAUAAUGAAUCACUUUAACUUCUGGGAGUUAGUUUGAGCAGUGGUCUCACAAACAAAUGCUUUGUUGUGAUGUAUGAAUACUAAAGGAAUGUAAAGCUGUGGAUUUGCACUGUUUUCCCACUUGAGCUAAAGAAAAAAAUAUGCAGUAGUAAACUGUCAGUGUUUUUGACAGUGAGUCACCUUUGUCUCACCCACGCCUAUUCAAACUCCAAACUGACUGAAUCUGUUUGUUUUAUCUCAUUAUUUUACCUUUUUUUUUUUUUUCUUCAAAUAUGCCCUUAGUAUUUUAUGACCACAUCUAGUUUUGUAAACAUGUAUUCCUGAUAUAUUGAUGCUGUAAUUGCUCUUUCUGGUGAGCUUCCGCUCUUGUUGAGACCAGUGUUGUAUGAAAGGUAAAAUGCUGUAUCUGUAACCGUAUGAAUUUCAACGUGUCAGGAAAAUGUCCUUCGCUGUAUUUUAUGAGCAAAGUAUUGAUGGUUCACAAGAAGAAGACCUACUUCAACAUAACCUGAUUUGUUUAUUUUGCCGCUGCAUAUCAUUGAUGCAUGUUAUAAUUUCUGUAUGCUGACAUUACCAAUGACUAGUGUUUUGUCAUGAAUGCUGGAUUUUUAUUGGGGGUAAUUGGAGACUGUGUCUUGUGAAUUACACCAUACGCCCCAUAGAUUUCAAAUAUUUUUUUAUUUCUUACGUUACAGCAUUUAGAUGUGUCGAUAAGUUGUCAUUCUACCACAAUGAAUAUUCUUAGCAUAUGCAUUUUUGAUGUCAGAUCAAAUGUAUUUAAAGUGUCUUUAUAAAUGGACAUUUUUUUUUGUUGUAAAUAAAAUAUUGACUGUUUAUUUGA